AUGUUCUACUACCCCAAUGUGCUUCAGCGUCACACAGGAUGUUUUGCCACUAUAUGGUUGGCUGCAACACGGGGUACAAAGAUUUUAAAACGAGAGUACAUGAAAGUGAAUGUGAUCAGCACAUGCGAGAAGAUCAUAGAAUACAUUCUCAUUCAGGUUCCGGCUCCAUACGUAGGUUCUCCUAUACCUCGGCUCUCACUUUACCUAUCUGCUCAGCUCAGCUUUGGCGUGGUUUGUGUCUAUCACCGACAGUGUGACCUGCUCAUAGAGGAAAUGAAGAACACACUAGAUCGCUUGCACAGAGCUGAGAAGCAAAUGAGGAUAGAUUUAAUGCAGUCUGAACAGCAAUCGCUUAUACCCAAUGCUCUUGUGAUCAUGGAAAUGCUGGAAGAUGCCCCAGAUCCAUUUUUUGGAAUAAUGGGGAUUCCCCCUGAACUACCAGAUCCUUUUAUGAUUCCACAGCUCCAACACCUCUUGAAGACUCCAAGUCCUGAGUUGAGCAGAAUGGACAAGACUCCACCAAGAUGGAGGAGAGCGCGGAAACAUGAAGAGAGUGAUCACAUGACAUCACCAGAAAGUAUAACACUCCGAGAGGUGGAGCCUCUAAUUCUGCCAACAUUGGAGGUUGUCCCAGACCUCCCGGAAGUAACUGCUCGUGAUUUGGAAUUUCUUAUGUCUAAUAUUCCUCCAUUCCCGGAAGAAAUCACCCAUGACCCACACAGGGAAGAGCGAACCAAGCCAGGCAUGAUCAGAGAGAAACCAAAACCCAAACCAAAGGAGGGCAAGAGGGUAACGCCCAAAGAACCUGAUAUGGAAAGAGAGACACAAAUUGGAAGAGACGAGCAGGUUUCAAUAUCUGAGAGAGAGCAAGAACGCAUCCAAGAGGCAGAUAAAGAACGAGAAUAUCAAGAAGCUGUUGAGAAAGAAAGAAAACAAGUAGAAGAACUCGAGAGAGAAAUAGAGCGUCUUAGAGAACAAGAAAGACAAAGCGAGCAACAACAGGAGGCAGAGAAAGAGAGGAAAAUGCAACGCAAGACUAAAAGAGAAAAAGAGCAUCAACAAGAGACGGAGAGAGAAAAGGAUCGCCUGAGAAAAGCUUUGAAAGAAAUAAAGCGUCUUAAAAAAAGUGGUGCAGAGGAAGAGAUUCUGAAACAAAAGACAAAAGAAAUAGAACAUCUUAAGAAACUACAGAAAGAAAGAGAAGAGCAGUGGGAGGCUGAAAAAUCUGCAGACAGUAUGAGAGAAUAUGAAACAGAGAUGUUACGUCUUCAGGAAGCUGAGCGAGAGAGGGAGCAACUUAGAGAGGCAGUAAGAGAGAUUGAGCAGCUCAAGAAAGAUCUUGAAGAGAGAGCACAAAAGAAAGUGAAAGAAAGUGAAGGGAUGAUGGACAUUACUGAGGAAUCUUCAGAUAUCAUACGCAAAAUGGAAGCAGAACCACUGACACCGAAGCUAUCCCCCACCACACGUCUCCCUUCUGAAGCUCUCCCAGAGCCUGAAGCCACCAUCGUACUUGAUGACAUUACAGGAGAACCUAUAGCAUUAUUUCCAGAUAUGAGCCCCGACCAUCGUUCCCUUCAGCAUUUCUCCCCUCUUCUUCUUACUUCAAGCAGUCCUCAGCUCCUACUCCCUGAUUUGUCUCCUGUUCGCCGUUCUCCUACCUGGCAUGCAGUGAAAAAAGGCCAGCUUAUCAUAGACAAAAAUACACAGAUCAGCAGAAAACAGAUGCAGGAGCAGAUGAGUGAGCCAAGCACACACACUCAUGCAAUGGUUCCUGUGGCCAUUCCUCACUUAAAAUUCAGGACUCUACCAACGCUCUUCAAUUCUCCCACGUACUCGCGCUGGAUGGCCCCGGAGCUGUCUGCACUAUGGUCUCGUUGUGCUGUGCUAGAGCAGUUGCAGUUCAUAGAGGAAAUAGAAGAAGAAACAAUGAGUGAAUUAGAGGCUGUCCGAGCGGCCACAGAAUCUGCAAUCAGUGGCAUCAUGCCAUCCUCAGAGUUCUCUCUGGAGGUGUCUGAAGAAGAGCGUUCUCGUCUUAUUUACAUAACACCCGAGGAGAAGAGAUAUGUCGCACCUCAGGAUGAGAGAUUUCUCCCUAUUGUCUCCGAGAUGCCAGAGCUUAUUGUUGAAUUGCCUGAGACAGAAGAGGUUCUGGUUGAAGAUUUGCAAAGGAAGUUAUACUCUCAGAUUGACAGUCACGGACAGUCUGCAUUUUUCCAGCUGACACCACGCUCAUUGUCUCGCAAGCUUGUCUCCAGAUUCUUUUACAGAUGCCUCGUGCUCUGUACACGGCAGAUCAUCAGAAUGGAGCAGGCUGAGCCAUAUGGGCAAAUACUCAUCACUUCUGGCCUACGCUAUACUCAUGACUGA